GUACUUUACCCAUACAGUAUAUGUGCUCGCUUUAACAGUCGACUUCUCGUGCACAGCUAACAGUCUGCUGGUACAUUCACCCAUAGCUACAGUCAUGGCAGAUAUCAGCAAAACUGAGAGGGUUCAGCUGCACGCCCCAGAUCUGGAGGAACUGCGCGGUGUAUUACAGGCAGGAUUGGAAGGCAACUUUGCAGAAGUUCAGGUGAGCGUUGUGGAGUGUCCAGAUCUCACCAAGGAUCCAUUCCAGUUUCCUGUCAAAGGCUUGUGUGGAAGUCCUCGUAUCACUGAUGUUGGUGGUGUGCCGUACCUGGUUCCCUUGGUUCAAAAGGACAAGGAAUACAACAUGAACACUGUAUCAAAAGAGCUGGAGCUACCGGGAGCUUUCAUCCUGGGUGCAGCAGCUGCUCCCUCCAGGAUCGUUGGAAUGAAUGCAGAGCUGAUGCCUCUGGUUCUGACAGAAGCGGAGGGAAGGUCUGCAGUGAACAGCAGCUACUUCUCCUCCAUCAAUCCGGCUAAUGGCCAGUGUCUGCAAGAAAAAUACAGUGACAAAUUCUCUGAUUGCAACUUUGGGCUGCUGGGUAAUCUGUAUGCUUGUGAAGGGAAGUCUGGAAAGGUCAUAGAGGUGCGGGCCAAGAAGAGAACAGGAGGCCACAGUCUUGUGACGGCCUUGAGGAAGACACUCGAAGGCCACUACCCUGAUAAAAGUCUGGCUCUAGGAGGCACCUUCAUCAUCCAGAAAGGGAAAGCUAAAAUCCACAUCAUGCCAAGAGAGUUUUCUGCCUGCCCCCUCAACACCAACGACGAGGUCAACAACUGGCUCAAGCACUUUGAGGUCAGCGCUCCACUCAUCUGUCAGUCGGUGCUCGUAUCCAGAGAUCCCGGUUUGGACCUGCGUGUGGAGCACACCCACUGCUUCAGCCACCAUGGAGAAGGUGGCCACUACUACAUAGACACUACGCCUGACAGUGUGGAGUAUCUGGGCUACUUCAUGCCUGCAGAGUUUGUCUACCGCAUCGACAGACCCACAGAGACCCACGGAGUUGGACGAGAUUGAAAAACUUCAAAAAUUCUUAAGUCACAUUUGCAAAUUAAAUGUAUCAACCAGUAUGAGAUUUAUAUUAAGUUCUAUGCAUUAUAAUUCCCCUCAAGUAACUCCAGUUUUACAAUGAAAAAUGAUUAGUCAGCAUUACUUCUGUGAAUGUUUGCUGUUAAAUCACAUUUCUCUCAAAAUUACUCACAUUUCUUAUGAACAAAAUCACUGUAUUUCAUGAAAUAAAAACAAUGUUGAGUUUCUCUUAA